GUGAACCUCACGUCCGUCUCAGCGUAACAACUACACAAGCUAACUGCCACUUCACGAUUUAUUUGUAUUAACCGACGCCUCAUUUGGCUACGAAGUGAUUCAUCUUCUCACAAAGACCAUCUUUGUUUGGGUGGGUCACGUGACGUGACGUGACGUGACGACGCACGGAGCUACACAGCUGCGGGGUGUAAAAUGAAUUUGAGGCGGAAUAACAGCGGAGAGUCCGAAGACGAGCGAAGAUAAAGUUUAGAAACGGCGAGCGAGUUGGACUCCGAUCAGGGCUGGAUCAUGACUCAUGGCGAUGACUGCUGUACGCCAGCGGCGGAUGCCGCUGAGAGCGAGCAGCAGCAGCCUCUCAUUCUGGAGAGGGUGGAGAAAGAAACGGAGAAAAGCUGUUACUCAGUGUCACGUGGGCUCCAGAAACACUUCCUGUGCAGCCCUAAGAAAGCUAAAUCCAAAGCACUGGGUUUCCUCCCCGUCCUGAGAUGGCUGCCACGCUACCAGCUCAGGGAAUGGCUGCUGGGCGACGUCAUGUCUGGACUCAUUGUUGGAAUCCUAUUGGUCCCCCAGUCUAUAGCCUACUCCUUAUUGGCCAGUCAGGACCCCAUAUACGGUCUCUAUACGUCUUUCUUCUCCUCCAUCAUCUACGCCUUCUUAGGCACCUCUAGACACAUCUCAGUGGGGAUUUUCGGGGUGCUCUGCCUGCUCGUGGGUCAGGUUGUGGAUAGAGAGUUAGCCCUGGCAGGAUACCUCCUGGAAAACAGCAACAACAGCGCUGCCCUGUCGGCUGGACGAAGGAAUGACAGUAUCGUGAUGGAGUGUGACAGAAGCUGCUACGCCAUCACAGUUGGAGCUACAGUUACUUUCACGGCAGGGGUUUACCAGGUGCUCAUGGGCCUUUUCCAGGUGGGCUUUGUCUCUGUCUAUCUGUCAGACUCCCUCCUCAGCGGCUUUGCCACCGGAGCCUCCCUGACCAUACUCACCUCACAGUUUAAGUACCUCCUGGGCCUGAAGAUCCCAAGGCCUCAGGGUUGGUUCACCCUGUUUAAGACCUGGUACAGCCUGCUCGUCAACCUGGGACACACCAAUAUAUGUGACCUGGUAACCAGUUUGGUGUGUUUGCUGAUACUCAUACCCACCAAGGAGCUCAAUGACCGCUUCAAAGCUAAGCUGAAGGCUCCAAUUCCCUUCGAGCUCUUUGUGGUCAUAAUCGCAACGUUGGCUUCUCACUUUGGCCGUUUCAACCCUGAUUACGGGUCGAGUGUGGCCGGCGACAUUCCCACGGGAUUCCUCCCUCCACAGCUACCCAUGUGGUCGCUGAUCCCCAAUGUGGCUGUAGAUGCCUUCUCCAUCGCCAUCGUAGGGUUCGCCAUCACUGUCUCACUGUCAGAAAUGUUUGCCAAAAAGCAUGGCUACACAGUAAACGCUAACCAGGAGAUGUAUGCCAUCGGCUUCUGCAACAUCCUGCCAUCGUUCUUCCGCUGCUUCACCACCAGUGCCGCACUCACCAAGACCCUGGUCAAAGAGUCCACGGGGUGCCAGACUCAGGUGUCUGGACUGGUCAGCGCCUUGGUUCUCCUGCUGGUCCUGCUUGUGAUAGCACCGCUCUUUUACUCACUUCAAAAAUGUGUGUUAGCCGUUAUCAUCGUGGUUAACCUCCGCGGAGCUUUGCGAAAGUUCACUGACAUUCCCCGCAUGUGGCACAUCAACCAUCUCGAUGCCUCUAUCUGGGUGGUCACCAUGGCAACCUCAGCGCUGGUCAACACAGAGCUGGGACUCCUGGUGGGAGUUUUGGUGUCGGCCCUGUGCGUCCUGGGCCGCACCCAGCGAGCCCAGGUCCUGGAACUUGGCCGGACUACAACCAGGGAGCAUUACGAGGACCUGUCAUCUUACCAUGGCCUCAAAACGCAUCCCGGAGUGGCUGUUUUUAGAUACGAGGCUCCAAUCUAUUAUGCCAACCAGAGCUUGUUCAAAAAGUCUCUCUACAGGAGCGUAGGGCUUGAUCCAGUGAAGGAGAAGAGCAGGCGUAUUAAGUUUGAGAAGAAGAAGAACAAACAGCAGACAGAGUUUCUGAACGUGAAGUUAGACCAGAAGGAGGAUGAGGCUGAGGCUGGUGCCAUGGUAACCUUGACGAAAUCUGCCCACAGCUUCUGCAGCCUGGUGAUUGACUGCAGUGCUGUCUUGUUUUUAGACACUGCUGGAGUGAACGCUCUGAAAGAAGUCCGCAAAGAUUAUGGAGAACUGGGCAUCACGGUUGUCCUGGCGCAGUGCAGCACCUCGGUACUUGACGACCUGGAAAGAGGGGGGUACUACCCCGAGAAAAAAGGAAGUGAUGAAGGAGAGAACAAAAUCACUUUCUUCACCAUUGUGGAUGCCGUCCGCUACGUCCAAAGCCCCUCGGCUGCCAAUGGAGAGUUUGACAACAAAUGCUAAAAAGUCCAAAUAUUUAUGUUUACAUGUACGCAGUUUACCUCUGACAUUGUUACCAACGUGCCUUUCGAAGUCUUUCCUGUCUCUGUCCUGUCACCGCUGCAGACAAUCUAUCAUUUAACUCUGGGUCAGCAUGCUAACAUGCUGAAAAUCAAACAAGUGAGAAAGUUUGAGAAGUUUCAGUUUGUGGCUUCGCAGUCACCUGAAAAGCUCUUCCUCUUUUUUUCUACAGCACAAGCUGUAGAUGGUGUUCUGUCCUGAACUUGAGUAACUCACUGUAGCUGUUACUGUAGUUUUCUGUGGGAUAAUCAAGGGAAGGGUUUAUUUUUCCAGGGAGAGAUUUGAUUGUGUUUACACGACCACAAAGCAGUAAAUGUCAGCUAAAUGUUUGGUUAAGUAGAGCACACAAAACUUCCGUUUGCCUUGCGUUAUGUCCAAGCCGCAGUGCCUGCAGGGCCUUUAGUGAUCUCUGUACCGUCCAGACCAACAUGCUGUGCAUGUUUUCAUAUCAGGUCCUUUGACACAUGAAUAUCAGUCACUUUUUAAUGUUACAUCUUUUUCUAGUUCUUCUUGAGGUGAAGCAAUGAUCCAAACUGUUUCAUCAGAACGAAGGCCAUGUUUGUUUUUUUUGGUCAUUUUAAAUUGAAUCCCCUCUGCUCUGGUGUUUAUAAAGUCUGGCCGGGCUGUACCACGUGUCUUUUUGAUCAAGUUUGUCGUUAGUCUGUGUUUGCUGUGGGCGACGUUGCCUUAUCCUCUGUUACUAAAGUUCAGUAAACACAGCAGCCGGGUGAUGAAUGGGGCCGAAGUUCAAACUGGAGAAAAGCCAUGUGAUGCUUUGUCUCAUUGAGUUUAAUGUGGACUCGUGCCAGUCAACCGUUUGUGUGAGAGAUCAGCUCGUCAAACAACAGGCCAGUUUAUUCUUUAUUUCUGUGUUGACCUCUCAACUGUAUGCAGCAGGAUGUUUUUUAAAUCUGUCUCAUGCAUGGAGACACGCUGUCAUGCUUUACAACUUCCUGUUUCACACUGUUCCACCUGACCGCCAGAUGGCAGUGCCAGAAAAUACAGCAGCAAAGGACGAGUGGAACAGGUUUUAGCUAACAUCCUGUUUGAACGUGACAGGAUAUUCUUACCUCACAGCUUGACUGAGUCAAUCCACAUUCAUUACACCUAAGAAAUUAUUAUUUUAAUAAUGAGCUGUGAGACUGAUGCUAUUGCUCUAAUAGCGGUUUGUGUUCUGGUGCAGUCUGGUUUUGCAGUAGCUUUAAUCUAAUCAGAUCCAGGUUCAGGUCUCGUCUUUAUUAUUUCCUCAACCUAUUUAUGACGCAGAGUGGACAGUUUGUCCUCUGCUGGACAGCACGGCUGAAGACACGACCUUCAGUCACCCUUUAAUCAGAAACAUAAAUAACUAUAGUAGUUUUUAUACUGUAUGUUCACAGUAAGAUGAUUUUUAUAUUUUAUAUGUUGAACAGCUGUUGAUUCUCAGUAAUUCAGUAGAAUUUGUGUCUGUGCGUGAACAUCAUGUUUUAGUGUGACUGAACCAGCUAAUACCAGACGUCGCAUUCAUGCCCAGUCAUCAGUGGCCAGCCUCAGCUCACGUUUCCUCUUCCUGUUGUCCAAUCACAGCGAGUCGAAUUCAUGUGACUGUGAAACGUGUUUAAAUGGGUGCUCAUGAACUGUUUGGUUGGUCUGUAAUGCUGUGUUGCAGUUUUCUUAUAUGAAGGAGUUUGUCUUUAUGACUUGUGAUGCAGUGGAGCAGCAGCAUUACAUGGUUUUAUAUCAAUGACUCAGCUUUUGUUGCUGCAGGAAAACCUUUGGGUUACGUAUCACUUCCUCUGAAAAUGCUUAUAUGUUGCUUUAAAUUAUUGAUGAUGUGCUGAUAAUCAAGGGGAAGCUACAGGUUUUACACUUGAAGUACAUUAGUAAAAUGCUUUGUAGUAGACAGCA